AUGAGAUUCCACAUACCUUCGUUGAGUAUAGAUGACCGAAUAGAUGCGUUAGAGAAGACAUCUCCUCGGAAGUACAGGGUUUACAGUUUUUUGUGGAGAACCAUCUGGCUUGGGUACUGGUUCUACAUUGUGUUGGCGAUCUUCAUAGUCAUUGCUAGGUUUGCCCCCAACUUUGCAAGACACGGAGGGCUAAUCCGAGGUCAAUACUCGAUCGGCUACGGUGCCGUCAUUGUUAUAUUUCUUGGAUCGGGUCUUUCCAUGCAAACCAAGCAGUUGGUGGAAAAUGUGUUGCAUUGGAGGGCACACUUGACUGUGUUUCUUUUGCAAUUUCUCGUCACCUCGUCGAUAAUCUUUGGGUUUGCAUGUGCCAUCAAAAGGGCAAACAACCCUAUAAUAUCCGAGUGGAUGUUAGUGGGAUUGAUUGUCACAGGCUGUUGUCCCACCACCGUAAGCUCAAAUGUGGUGAUGACUAGGAAGGUGGAUGGCAAUGUUCUAUUAACGCUCUGUGAGGUGUUUCUCGGCAAUUUGGCUGGCGCCUUCAUCACCCCUGCUUUAGUGCAAAUGUACUGCCAGGGAGAAUGGGAAUUUGCAAAUCCUGCAAACGGUAGCACCAUCAACGACGUUUACCGGAAUGUCAUGAAACAGAUCGGGUUCUGUGUUUUCUUGCCCUUGUUUUGUGGCCAAGUCAUCCAAAACGUGUUUCCCCAGCAAACAAAAUGGUUUUUGGUGACGUUCAAGUUCAACAAAGUGGGCUCUUUCAUGUUGCUACUUAUCAUGUUUUCUUCUUUCUCGACUGCAUUCUACCAACACGCGUUCACUUCUGUUUCCCAUCAGUCUAUUAUAUUCAUUUGCUUUUUUAACUUCGGAAUUUACCUGUUUUUCACGGCCAUUUGCUUCAUUUUCUCGAGACCAUUGUUCUUGAUGUAUUUUUUCAAAAAGGACCCUGAAGAAUCAACGUCAAAGGUGUACAAGUUUUUUUACAGGUUGGUGAGACCAUUUUACUACAACAGAGCAGAUACCGUUUCAGUUCUUUUGUGUGGGGGAGCUAAGACAGCAGCUUUGGGCGUCACGUUGGUUUCUUCACAAUAUGGGGAUCAUAAUCCCCAUUUGGGAGAGCUAUUGGUUCCAUUGGUCUUGUACCAGGCUAUUCAAGUCAUCACAGCUGGUUUGUUGACUCCUUUUAUGAAAAAAUGGAUUCACGCAGGACCUGAUUACAAGCAGCAACAUCAGGACAAGUCAUCGCCAUGUGAUGAAGAAACAGGCAAACCUGACAACAAUGCUGAAGUAAGUGAAGAGCUCAAUGAUGAUAGCCAAGGGACUAGUGAAGAUUCAUACCACUCAAACAAUAACUCGGACCAUUCAGACUAUAACAAAGCUACCAGUAGAUACCAUGAAUGAGGUCACGUUCCAUAAUCUUUCCUAAAAAUCGCAGAUCAUGCAUACUAUUCUUUCUAAUUAGUUACUCAUUUUAUAAACAAUCUUUACACACAACACCAUAAUACAUUCCUAAAUACACCUAGCAAACUCUACCUAGCCUCCGAAGACAUGAAAUGUGAAGUCCGCUCUUAACGCGGCAUUGAGGAACACGACACGGACCGGUGUUGUACUUAGAAGAGCAUCCUUUUAAUCUGCAAAAGGUAUCAGGAAUCAAACAUUAAUUCUAAGACUGCAUUUGAUGUUUGCGUGACAUUUGUUCGAAGUUGUGGUUCACAUAUUAUGGUCAAUUGCGCACUUU